AAUGAAAAAGAGGUAUAUACUAUAUAGAAUAGAACUCCCCCGUUCACACUCGAGCAGUCAGCUUCUUUGAGAAUCUUCAGUUUCUCGUCCUCCCUCGAUAUAUAAAUACUUCGAAAAUACAUACAAACCCCAUUUGACUCUCCCAAGAAACUUGAAAAACACAGCUUCUUUCCUCUACUUGUGUCUCAAAUGGCUCGAAACAAGGAAGCGUUGCUUUUGUUAAUUGAUGUUGGUCCCUCAAUGCAUACUGUGUUGCCCGAGGUUGAAAAAGUUUGUUCUAUGCUUGUACAAAAGAAGCUGAUUUUUGGUAAAUAUGAUGAUGUGGGAGUUGUUAUAUUUGGAACUGAAGAUACUGACAAUGAGCUCACCAACGAAGUCGGUGGAUAUGAACAUGUGGUCGUCCUGAACCACCUCAAGGUUGUUGAUGGAGAUCUCAUUAAAGUAUUAGAACAGCUUCCUCGUGGAACUGUUGAUGGUGACUUUCUUGAUGCAAUUGUUGUUGGAAUGGAUAUGCUGAUCAAGAAGUUUGGACAAACGAUUAAAGGGAAAAAACGUCUUUGUCUCAUCACAGAUGCAACUCAUCCUAUCAAAGACCCAUUUGAAGGAACUAAACAAGAUCAAGUCAGCACCAUUGCUGAACAGAUGUUUGCACACGGCAUGAAAAUGGAGUGCAUAGUUUAUAGGGGACAGCAGGAUAUGGAUGGUAAUACGAGUGUUAUAGAAGAGAAUGAUAUUUUACUGGAUAUAAUAUCAAAGAUGACUUCUUCAAGGAAGGUCCAUGUUGAAAAUUCAACUUCACUUUUGGGUGCACUUAGAACUCGCAAUAUAUCUCCUGUUACAAUAUACAGAGGUGAACUUGAGCUAAGCUCUGAAGUGAAGGUUCUGGUGUGGGUCUACAAGAAAACUUCUGAAGAGAAAUUUCCCACUUUGAAAAAGUACUCUGAUAAAGCACCUGAAACUGAUAAACUUGCUACUCACGAAGUUAAAGUAGAAUUUGAAUACAAAAAAGUUGAUGAUCCUAGUAAAGUUGUGCCUCCAGAACAAAGAAUAAAAGGUUACAGAUAUGGGCCUCAAGUAGUUCCUAUAUCAUCUGCUGAAUGGGAAGCUGUGAAAUUUAAACCAGAGAAGGGUGUGAAACUGCUUGGAUUUACUGAUGCUUCAAACAUAAUGAGACACUAUUACAUGAAGGAUGUUAAUGUAGUCAUAGCCCAACCGGGUAAUAUGAAAGCUGCCCUUGCAGUUUCUGCUUUAGCAAGAGGAAUGAAGGAGAUGAACAAAGUGGCAAUUGUUCGUUGUGUAUGGAGGCAAGGACAGGCUAACGUUGUUAUUGGAGUGCUGUCUCCUAACAUAUCUGAAAGGGAUGAUGUUCCCGAUUCGUUUUAUUUUAAUGUAGUUCCUUUUGCGGAGGAUGUUCGUGAGUUUCAGUUUCCGUCGUUUAGCAAUUUACCUUCAUCAAUGCUGCCAAACAAUGAACAGCAGGAGGCUGCUGAUAAUUUGGUUAAGAUGCUUGAACUUUCACCAACUGGAAAAGCAGAGUGCUUGCAGCCUGACUUCACCCCGAAUCCUGUAUUGGAGCGUUUCUAUCGCUAUCUCGAAUUGAAAUCAAGACAUCUGGAUGCGGCUGUACCACCUCUAGAUGAUACCCUAAAAAAGAUAACGGAACCUGAUUCUGAUCUUCUAUCUCACAGCAAACCCGUUAUUGAUGGAUUCCGUAAGCUGUUUGAACUAAAGGAGAACCCAAAGUUAAAGAAGUCUUCUAGACGAUUAUUAAGAGAGAAACCUUCUGGAUCCAAUGAAGAGCGGGAUGAUCCUGGAAAUAUUGUUGAUGCUGAAGCUGUCAAUUUUAUUGAACAUGCAUCUUCCUUCAAAGUUGAGAAAAUUGGGGAAUCUACACCUGUUCAAGAUUUUGAAUCCAUGAUGUUGCGAAGAGAUGGAGCGGAUUGGGUUAGCAAAGCUAUUGCUGAUAUGAAAAGUAUAAUUAUGCAACUGGUAACAGAUUCCUUCGAAGGAGAUAAUUUUCAGAAGGUACUGGAAUGUUUGAUUGCUCUGCGCAAGGGAUGCAUUCUUGAGCAAGAGCCAAAGCAUUUUAAUGAAUUUUUGCUCAAACUUUGCAAAUUCUGCACAGAGAAGGAUCUUGCUAGUUUCAACGAGUUUCUUGCAUCUAAAAAUGUCUUGCUGAUCUCAAAAUCGGAAGCAGAAGAGAGUGAAAUUACAGAAGACGAGGCUAAAAUCUUUUUGGUCAAGGCAGAGCAAAAAUGAGGGGUGUAUUUUCGUACUUGGGAUUUUGGUAGAUCCGUUAUAAAGCUCUUAACAUGCUGCUUUCAAAGUACAGACGGAGAAGCUCUUGUUUAGACUUUAGAGUGUGAUUGACUUGUGUUUAGAAUUUCUAAAAAAAUUGAAGGCUUUAGGUUAAGCUGAUGGGAGAGUAGCCCCCUGCCAAUAGGUAAUGCACGUUCCAAAUGAGUUACUAAAAUAUUUUUAUCAAACUCAUGCAUUGUGGAAAUGUGACGGUCUUGUUUUAUGCUGAAUCACAUUCUUUA